AUGGUUGAGAACGUCGUUGACGAAGAUUACCUUGGCUGUCCUUGCAAGAUGGUGACCGAUCUAAAGAAUUUGAACAACAAACUUAAUGCUGAAGUGGUGGAGCAAGUGAAUGAUACACAGGAGCUGGUGAUGCUCAAUAACUUCGCUAGAGAAUGCAAUGAAUACAUCUUCAAGAAAUGCCUUCAGGAAAGAAUGUCAACCAUUUCAUCCUGGCGUUGGGUAUUGGAGGACUUAAGUAAACGGCUCAAGGAUGGAAUUGACGCACUCCAGUAUGAGCACCACGCGUUGACCGUUGUUAUUGAUAGGAUCGUGGAUGAGCUGAAGGGUAACUGCAAACCUGGUGCCCUGACUCCAAUGUGUGAUGACGUUGAGCAAGCUAUAAUGCAGGAAUGUAAGUUUCUUACAAAACAAAAGAAGAAAUUCGAAAGCCUGACUGUAAUAUUGAGUGAACAGAUAAAGUCUUUGGACAAAAUUAGGCAAGAUAUCGAGAACGACAUUUUUCAGAAGGAACAAGCGCUAAGUGUAGAAGAGAGUUGUGCCAAGAUUAGUGUGGACACACCACCCUCAUCCGAAACUCGGAAAACUACCAAAAAGAAAAAGUCGCCAGUCGAUAUUUGGGAACAACGUUGCAUAUCAUUGAAACGAGCUGGACUUCAAGCGUUAUCCAGCGCCAUCGUCACGAGGCAGCAGAUACGAGGAGCAAGAGUUCAUCUGUCUAUAACAGCACAAUCUUACACAGCAAGAGUAGAUUCAGUGCUUAGGAGACGUUUGCACGUAAACAAACUAAAACUACAAGAUCUUUAUUGGCAAAGAGAUGAGGCAGCACGAGACCACAGUGCUCUGGGAGAAGAAUUAACAGCAACAGAACAGAAUCUAUUGGAGACGAUGGAACAAGAGCGUGUUAUUUUGGCAAGGCUUGCAGAUCGCAACUUACGCCCCACAACAGAACUUACAACUGACGAAGUAGACAGGAGCUUGAAGGAGGAACUCGGAAGACUCAGGAACUUUAUUAAAGUAUUAAGGAAAAAUCAUAGUAGAAUUACAACUUUGCAAAACCAUCUAACAGAUUGCAUGACCCGCAUAGAUUGCUGUGUCGAAGAUAUCUUACGAGUCGUGAAGAUAGACGAGGAAAGAACUAGGCACAGGAUGGGGGAAGUGCCAACAGACGGUCCAAACCCUCCAGAUGAACGAUCUCCAUCCUCACCUAGAAGACAAGAUGAACCUUUACAAAUCAUUACAGAGGAAGAUGAAGACGAUUAUCCUAUUAAUUAUUGA